CAGUUCUAGAGAGGGACCCGAUGGCAGAGUAGAAAGAGCCAAAUCAACCAGGUUCCCUCUCAAGUCUCAAGUCUCAAGUCUCUCUCUAGUCUUGUCUGAUAAAUUAUAAUAUCUUUCUCGGUGUGGUAGCAUUGUAAGAAGAGAAGGGAAAAAGAACAGGGUCUGUUUGCACUUUGCAGUUGCAGUUGCACCGGCGAAGGAAGGAGCGAGUGAGCGUGAGUGUGUGAUAUAUUAUAAAUAGAUAGCGUGUGAGAAAUGCAGCAGCACCUGAUGCAGAUGCAGCCCAUCAUGGCAGCCUACUACCCCAACAACGUCACCACUGAUCACAUUCAACAGUAUCUGGACGAGAACAAGUCCUUGAUUCUGAAGAUUGUUGAAAGCCAGAAUACUGGCAAGCUGAGCGAGUGUGCCGAGAACCAAUCAAGGCUGCAGAGAAAUCUCAUGUACCUAGCUGCAAUAGCUGAUUCUCAACCUCAACCACCUCCAAUGCCUGGUCAGUAUCCUUCAAGUGGAAUGAUGCAGCAAGGAGCACACUACAUGCAGGCUCAACAGGCUCAGCAAAUGUCACAACAGCAGCUAAUGGCUUCACGCUCCUCCCUAUUGUAUGCUCAACAACCCUUCUCAGUGCUUCAACAGCAGCAAGGCAUGCACAACCAACUUGGCAUGAGUUCCAGUGGAACUCAAGGGCUACACAUGCUGCAAAAUGAAGCCACCAAUGCAACCAUGGGAAGUGGAGGGUUUCCUGAUUUUGUACGCAUAGGAGGUGGCAAGCAAGAUAUUGGUGGGAGUUCAGGUGAAGGAAGAGGAGGAAGCUCUAGUGGCCACUCUGGUGAUGGUGGUGAAACCCUUUACCUCAAAUCUGCUGCUGAUGGAAACUAAACUAGCCAGGGAAAAUGCCAAAAUUCCUUGGCCUUUGGCUAGUUGUUUAGUUAGGAAAAUUAGGCAGUGAACGUUAUUAUGUAGGGGGUAAGGAAGAAAGGGAAAACUUGUUGCUUAAAUAUCUUGUUUGUUUAUCUUGUGCUGAAGGCGAACAAUCUCAUCACUGCCUUAAGGUGUCUGCAGUAGUACUAGCUAGUAACAUGAUGCAUGUUUUAUUUUCUUGUGUAAAGUUUGUCAUAAAUGUCAAUGUCAAGGUCCCAAGCUCAUCUCCUUUUUGUUCUCUAUGCCUACUUGUCGGAGAGGGUUCUAUGUAAGUUUGACGCUAUUUCUGCUUUAUGGAUUUUGAUGCAUCAGAGUUCAAAGUUCAAA